AUGGGCAUUACUCUACUGCUGAUGCUCGUCGCCGCCUGGGCGACGGCACUCUCUGCACAUGGACGUGUUAUCCAGACUACUCGAUCUUCCGCUCCAAUAGUCGACCUGGGAUACGCGACUUAUCAGGGAUACUACGACGACACGUACGGGCUGAAUGUGUGGAAGAGCGUUCGCUAUGCUGCUCCUCCAGUCGGCAGCCUGCGAUGGCAAGCACCUCGUCCACCGACUGGUAACGGCAGCCUUGUCUUGGCCGUCGACCAGCCGCCUCUGUGUCCACAGACGGGCGGAUAUGGCUUUCCUGAGGUUUAUGGGUUCAACUCUGCCCUUGGUAACGAGGAUUGUCUCUUCCUGAACGUUUACGCGUCUCCGAACGCGUCCGAUUUACCGGUGUUUGUCUGGAUACACGGAGGAGGAUAUGGAGACUUCGGAGCCCUAUAUGACCCAAGUGUAUUGAUGAAUACCAAUGAUAAUGGCUUCAUCACCGUGGAGAUCCAAUACAGACUCGGCGCAUUCGGCUUCUUGGCAUCAGAAGAAGUGAAGACCCACGGCCAGCUGAAUGCCGGUCUUCUGGAUCAGAGGUUUGCUCUCCAAUGGGUCCAAGAGAAUAUCUCGAAAUUUGGCGGCGACCCUAGUCGGGUAACGAUCGGUGGCGAGUCCGCGGGAGCAGGUUCAGUUCUGUUCCAUGCUCUGGGAUAUGGCGGCAAGCAGCCUGAUCUCUUCAGCAAUCAAUAUUCGAGUGUUUUUGAGUGCUUGGUAGCAACAGAGAGCGAGGUCUUGCAGUAUGCCAGUGGCAACGUUUCAGAGUCCUUUGGCUAUUAUGGUAGCUGGGCUUUUCUGCCCGUCAUCGACCAGGAUUAUAUUCAAGAACGACCAUCAGUGCAGCUGCUCAGGGGCUUAGUUUCUGGACAAAGGAUACUUGUUGGGAACAACGCAAAUGAAGGAGUACCUCUGACCAACCCAAGGGUCAAGACGAGGGGAGCAUACGACAGCUUCGUGUCCAACAGCUUUCCGCUCUUCGACAAAUUCGACAUCGACCAGCUUAACAGUAUCUAUCAGAUCAACAAUUCCGCUCCAGGAGACUCUGGCAUCCGAUACGACACUCUCGGGACAGAAGGCCCCACUGCCUUGACACAGUCCGGAUUGGCCACCGGGAUCCAGCAGACCGCCUUCAACAUACAAGGCGAGACAAACUUUGACUGCCCUGCUCAGUGGCUGGCCGAGGCCUUCAGCCAGGCCGACUUGCAAGCCUGGAAGUACCAGUACUCUGUAACACCGGCAUUCCACGGCGCAGACCUCAGUACUUAUUUCGCUGUCGGCGCAACAACCCCCAGUGCUGAUUUUCGGCGGGCAUUUCAAAAGGUCUGGGGUAAUUUCAUCGUCCAUGAUAACCCCACAAUCACUCUUAACGAAGCCACUGCUGGAUAUGCCAAUGCUACUGCGCCCGUAGGCACAUAUGGGAAUAUCAACUGGCCACAGUACACAGUAGAGCAGCCAUACAUGAUGGAUUUGAACACGACGGGCGGUGAUUUGACUCAAGUUGUGGUCACGCCAGAACUGAGCUACUACGAGCGCACUGGAGCUGGGAUUGUCAAUUCCUUCCGCCUUGUUGACGCUCUGGCCUGGGAGGGCGGCCGUGGGUCGCGAUGUGACUUCUGGAGGGAUGUGUCAGCAAGGGUACCAUAUUGA